AUGGACGCUACCGGUUUGAUCCUCGAGUGCGUGGUUGAAGCAGGUUACAAUCUUCGGCUGCAACAAGCGCUCAGGGACUUUGCCAACAUCAUGGAUAUGCACUUCGUACAGGCGGCCACCCUUUUGACUUUUCCUCCGGGAGUCAAGCUGCUACCAGGCCGUGCCUCACUGCCUAUGCUGGGGCAGUCGGCAGCGCCCAUCCAGGCGCUUUGGGUCUUUGCGCACCUCGCCAACACCGUGGAUGGUUACUACGACACUCACACUACGAUGCCACCAACAGACAUCAUCCAGUCCUACCAGGAUGUACAAGGCUACUGGGGAUACUCCACUCAGCUCUUUGAUGGCACGCGACGCCUUGCACCGGAGGCUCAUCUCCGACCCUCUGGGCGAUGCGGUCCUUACAACUUGAGACGAGUCCUGAAGAAGCAGGCACUACCUCGACCCGACGGCGGCAUCUUCGUCACCUUGCACUUUGGUGAGUCGUCUCAAUCCAUCCUGCUUCCCGCAGGAUCUCUGCUGCUCCAAUUCCUUGCUGAAGCAGGUCUGGAUCCCACAGCUCCCACCCUCUCAGUGGGCCAUGUGCAGCUCCACCAGGACGCACGGCUGUGGCAUAGCUGGGACCUGUGGGUCACCACCUACGGCUCCGGACCUGACACGACCACUCUUGGCCUGUCCAGCCUCGCUCUAUUUGGUGGUGCCUUCGAUCUUUUUGCACUACUUCACAACCGACCACCUCUGCAUUGCAGAGCCAUCGAUCUCCAGCUAGGCCCUCUUUGGUCCUUCAAUGGUGACCCUGACCAGUCAGAAGUCUUUGUCUUCCUCCUUCACAACCAUCACUGGACCAUCGUCAGUAUGCAGUCCGACCAUGACACGCUACAUUGCCAACACUACGACGGCCUUGCAGGCACAGCAUCCGCACAGGCAGCCUUUGCCUACUGCCUUGAUCAAGCUACGCUUUCAGGACAGCUCUUGCGCUUUACCUCCAGCAGGCUGAUCACCCAGCUGUCUCCGCACACCUGCGGCACCGUGGCCUUGUUGCAUCUCGCCCUCUGCCUGGGGCUUCACCACAUUUGUCCACAGCCACAGCUGGCACGCUCGUCCUAUUCCAUGCUGCCUCUCCCUGCUACGAUGCAAGCCCUUUCACCAUCCACUGGUAUCUCUACCGACCAGCACCCGACGAUCAGCGAUAUGCACCACCACCUUGUCCUUCUGGACCUUUGUUGGCGCGACCAGCAUGCCUACCACCAGGCCCCAAUCGGUCUUGGCCCUGGCGGCGACGACCAACAACUGCUGGACCAAUUGAGGCGUCUUCUCGCCGAAAAAGGCGUCCUGGAUGACAGGGCAGAUGAGCGUGCGCAUCUUGCCCUCAAGAUGAUUGGGCACAAUGAGGUCACUACCGCUCUUCGAGGUCAGGGCAAGAAGGGCAUUGCCUUCGGCGGUCUUCAACAACUGGCCCCCUUCCUCCGGGAAGGUAAGAUCAUCUCUGAGGCGCACUCCAAGUGCAAGCUCCGGUUUCCAGCUACCUACAUUGCCACUGCAGAGCCUCUCUUGAUACAAGGGAGUCUAAUCUCCCUCGGCAAGGGAGCCAUCUCUCGCAACAUCGACCACCAGCACACCAUGGAGGUAGUGUCAACACAGACACUACGGCUCACAAUCUAUCGUGAUGAUUGGCCCCACAACUGGUCAGUCUUUCAGGAAAGACCUAUUCGGGCUCUCCUGGAAGCUGUGCCAGUCCUGCAACUCUGCAAGGCCUCGGGAUGCGGCACGGACUGCAUGAAGUUCCACGCCCCAGCCGAUGAACUUCUGGAGGUGCUCUUGCUUGACAUCUGGAGCCGCAGCUGGCUUGCCAACAACGGCAAAUUCUGUGCUCCAUCAGAGGCGACCUCGUUCUCAGUGCUAGUUCGGGUUCCGAAAUGUGCGGAACGCAGCAUUCAGAAAGCAUCAGGAGCCUCAGGCUUUUACGCUGAACCUCGCUCUCACUGUGGCAAACUUGCCGACGAAGCAUACGGAGCCAUUUGGCUUCCUGGUUUCAACCUCAUGGACGCCCUGCACAAGCUCUGCAUUGUCGAUCAUGCCAUCUGCGUUUGCAGGAUCCACUCCAAGUAUGGCCUGCGGUUCAGUGCCGAGCACCAUGCCGAUGCUUUCAGCCACCUUCGGCCCACCGACACAUUUGUCAGCUCGAAGAUUCACUCCAUCUACCGCAUCUACCCUUUGCCUUUCGGCACACAAAGGAGUAAUCUCCAGCAUCUGUUGUCCAAGUGGAGCUGGGACGCCAAGGUCCUCCAUGCAGCAGGCGGAGGAUCGGAGGGGGCCGCAUGGGAAGUGGGCUCACACCUACCUCCUCCCUCUCACGUGAUGCAAGGCUCCUUUGGCGAUGCGGCGAUCACCCUCGUCAAGCAUGUCAGCCGAGUUACCCCGCAGGCUUUGGUCCUUGCCACCCCUUCCACCCGUCAGCACAUCCGGGGGGGCAACACAAGCACCGGCAACAUCAGCAACGGUGGCCAACAGGCCAGCGCAUCCAACACACAGGCGGCCCCGGCCGACCCAUGGCUGGUGAAGGAUCCAUGGGGAGGAUCGCAGUCAUCCCACAACCCGGAUCGGCUACAGCAACUUGAGACCAGGCUCAAAGCCGAUUUUGCAGCACAUGUGCAAGCACACGUCAACCAGCAUCCCUCUAUGGAAAUCGACGACUCUGACCAACGUCAGCAGGAUGACAUGCGCAUGCAGCGAAUGGAGGUCAGUAUCCAGGAGCUGCAACGGCAAAACCAGCGCUUUGACGCCUUCUUUGGCGAAAUCCAAGCCACAACUUGCCACCAAGGCAACAGGAUCGAGAACUUGCAAGCCCAGCUUGAGAAGCAACACAAAGAGGUCGAAUUUCUCCGGAACGACCUGCGACACGAGGUGGCCACCCUCAAGGACGGCCAAAACGCGCUUCAGGACCACAUUGGGAGGGGCUUUGCCAACAUGGAGGCCCUUCUGGAGAAGCGUCCUCGUAUGGGCUGA